CGGCUAAGGUAAACACCACCUUUUGGAUCUACUGUUGAAGGCUGAAGCCUUCCCUUGCCGGAUCUGCUACUGGCAUUCGCUCGUCCUCGUUCAGAUGCAGAAAAAGGGAUCUGAGCAUAGUCACCAUCUCAAGUUGGUCGCGGCACAUCUCUGCCGAUGUUGCUCACAACGGACAAAUUAACGUGAGGGGAUUUACACGGAUUUAAAAAAAAAAAGAUCUGGACCGAAGUUUCAAUGGCCACAAAUUGCAAUCUCCAGGUUUCCCACCGAAAACCCAAACUCGAAUUUAUUCAUAUCAAGUAAUGAUGCUUACGUUAGUGUUGCAAAUUGAGAUGUGUGUUUAACGAAGGAGAAGACAUCACUUUGACGGAGUGUUAGUGGGUGGCCAAUAAUCAACAUAUAAGUCAGAAUUAGUGUUUAUUUGGGAGCGUUAGAGCAUUUGGCGUCAAUUUAUCCAAUUGAACUAUGUGAUGAAGCAAAAAUUGAGCGUUGCAGAGCGACUAGAGAUCUGAGAAGCUGUGGGCGUAAUGUACGAAGUGUUCUAAGAUCAUGUAAGCAUGCAUCUUUAUGCGAGGAGUGCAGCCAAAGAUGUGAUGUUUGUCCAAUUUGUAGAGUUUCUUUGCCAAAAGAUUCAAACAGACUUCAGCUGCGUCUCUAUUAUGAGUGCAUAGAGGCUGGCCUUAUCUCAAGUAAGUGUGAUGACAGACUACAGGAGAAGGAAGACAGUGAGAAACAGCUAACAGCUGAUAUCCAACGGCUUUAUUCCUUGUUUGAUGUGGCACUGCAGAACAAUUUGGUCUGUUUAAUAAGUCAUUAUGUCACAGAUGUCUGUAUGGAUGAGAGUGCAGUAUCUAGCGAUCCUGUCAUUGCCUUUUUACUUGAUGAAGUGGUUGUGAAAGAUUGGUGCAAGAGGACAUUCAGAAAUAUUCUGAAUGAGACUCAAGUGAUAUAUAAUGACUCAUUGCAAGGAAUGGAAGAAAACUUGAGCUCACUUCUAAAUCUGUCUGUUGAAUUAACUGGCUUGUCCAAUGUUAUUGAGGUUCUGGAAGCAUCAUUUAAACAUUCUCUUUCAGCAAAGCUACAUGAUCUACAUCAUCUUCAAGAGCACAUAUUGAAAACCAAGCAGCACAUGGAAAUGAUGGUUUGGUGUAUACGACAUAAGUUUCUUGAGAAUGUGACUUCUCGCUUCAAUGGUAAUUUUGCAUCAUGGGUGAGCCUUGUUCGUGAAAGAAAGUCUGCUGCAAUCAGACGUGCCUGGCCAGAUUCUGCAAAUCAGUCCGAAGAGUUAAGUGUGAGCUCAACACUCUUUAUCGAAGAUGCACUUACAAAUCUUGAAUUGGAGCUAUGUGCUGAUGAUUACCAGGAAGAAUAUGAUAUAGCAUGUCUACAAAAAGAUGGAAGAUCUUCAUUCUUACGAUCGAAAAUAGGGGGAAUGGCUAGCAGUUACCCAUUUCAGAGUUUGCGUGGUGCUACUGAUAUUCUCUUUUUACAUGGAAGUUCAGAUUUAGUGGUUGCAAAACAAGCAAUUUUUUUGUAUUACAUUUUUGACCGACAGUGGACUGUACCUGACGAAAGAUGGAGGGACAUUGUUGACGACUUUGCUGCGACGUUUUGUGUUUCAAGGCACUCCAUAUUGGAAUCCUGUGUCUAUUUUCUGUUGGAUGACCACACUGAUGAAGGUUUGCAGGAAGCUUGCCGCCUUCUCCCUGAAAUCUCGAGUCCCGUUGUUCAUCCUAAAGUGGCACAGGUUCUUUUAGAGAGGCAAAAUCCUGAUGCAGCUCUUAUGGUUCUGAGAUGUUCUGGACGAGAUGGGGGACAGCUGGUUUCUCUUGGGGAGGCUGUCACUGCAGUUCGAGUAAGAGUGGAGUGUGGACUUCUAUCUGAAGCUUUCAUGUUCCAGAGAAUGAUUUGUGCCAAGGUGAAUGAAAAUAAGUUACGAGGUGAAACAUUUCAUGAUGCUUCACUUGAACAAAAGGGUGAAGCCUGUUUUCCGGAUCUGUGGGUGGAGACUUUGGUCUCUGAAAUUUGUUGUCUUUGUGUAAGGAGAAAUUUAGUAGAUCGCAUCAUAGAACUUCCAUGGAACUCUGACGAGGAGAUGUAUCUUCAUAAGUGCCUGUUGGAUUUUGCCACAGAAGACCCUUCCACGAUUACAGGAAGUCUACUUGUCGUUUUCUAUUUACAGCGACAUAGGUACAUAGAGGCAUAUGAAAUUGAUCGCAAGCUUCAAACCAUGGAGGACAACUUCAUUUCUCAAAAUUCUCCCAGUGAAGCUGUGUUAACUAGGAUAAGAUCAAUAAACCAUUGGAGAACGGGUUUGGCUCAAAAAGGGGUGGAGUUGCUUCCUGAUAUCAUUCAGCAUCAAGUAAAGGCGGGAAAGUUGGCUGAAGCAGUAAGUCCAAAUAAGGAUAAGGCAAAGGACCGUUCAGCAAAACCUGAUCUGCAAGUUUCUCAAGGACCUAUUUUCUCCAGUUUAUUGACACACCCGCCUGCUGACGGGGCAGACAAUGCAAUUAUUUCCUCCCCACACCCUCCUGCUGGCCAAGCGAAAAAUGGAAUAAUUUCCUCCCUUAAUGCUUCGUCUCUCGAGACUUCAGCAAAAUAUGGACUUUCUGAUCUUUCUAUCUUUAAAGUUGGGAACCAUAUCUCUCCUAAGCCACACACUCAUUCAUUCAUUAGUUCUCCAACAACAGAACGAAGUUCAUUAAGGGUACCUCGCAGUAGCCGCCUUCGGAAUUACCAAACCAAUCAAGUUUCUUCAGAGAGGGUUGAGAAGGUAUCCCUCAAUGGAUCUGUAAUUUCUAAGAAGCACCGCUCACUCACAGAAGCCAUGGAUUUUUCCUGGAGCCAUGAAGAGGACACAAAUGCAAGUGUGAGAUCGAGGUGGAGAUCUGAUGACAGUGAGGAAGAAGAUUAUUCAACACCAGACAGGCUCAUUGGAUUCACAUCUCACACUAUGAACCCUAGCAGUGUUAGAAGAGGCAGAUUUUCUCUGAAAUGAAGUCUCUGCGUUUCAUUCCUUUAAUUUCGUAAAGUAUAAAGAAUUAUAGGUACCUCAUGUUAAAACCAACGUGUAGAAUUUAUAAUUUUCUGCUUUACCUUUUGUAUUGAGUUCGCCUCCAAUGAAUAUUUAUUGGUGCUUUUUGUUAUUCUAGUCCCAUGCUAAUUUAACUUUUAUGUAACAAAUUCUUGAGAUGCAUUUCGAAACCCCAGGGAGACACACACACACACAUAUCAGUGUUGUCAAUCGCGGCGCAAUAGCGCGCUACAGCGGUGGUGCCCAGCGGCAGACUGUGUUGGCGCUACAAGAAGACAUCUAGCGGAGCGUUUGGGUGAAGCGGCUAUGGCGGCCGCAAUAGCGCCGCUACAAUGUCCUGAAACGUUUCUGUGUUUAAUUUUCUUAGGGCUGAUUAAAAAACGUUUUUUUUGGAAGGGUAAAUUAGUCUUUUAAUAUAAAAUAUUAACCCCAGUAGACCCUCCUACACGUGCGCAGACUAGAACCUUACAAAUGGCCCCAUAUUUUGAAUACUAUGUGAUGUCUGCUCUUUCUUUUUGCUCUGUGCGAUGACUUCUCUUUCAACGACAAGUCGACAACCUUUUCAUCUGCGAUGACUGCUCGCUAGUUUCCACUUUGCCUCUUUCUAGAAUCGCUGCUUCAUCUUUUACACGGCAUCUGUUGCACUCUUCCUUCAUUCUUCUACUUGUGCUGCGAGCCUGCAACAUCUUCAUUCUUCCUUCAUUCUUUGUUGCAGUCUUCUUUUCUUCUCUUUAAGCAUGGAGUAUUGCCACUGCCAUGUUCAAAGGGCUUGGAAGUUGGAUCUACUUUUUUUGACUGUUAAUAUAUCAAGACUUAAACUCUUAAACUAGAACCUUGUUUUUUAUUCAAGAUGUUUUAAUCAUUAAUAGCAUUUUGUGUUUUGGUCAUGAAACUAAAGACUUAAAAGAGUAUUACUAUGUACUAAAUAAUUUAGGAUUAUGAAUGUUAAGACUUAUGAUGUUUGAAAGCUUCAUUGGCAUAUAUCAUACUUUUUGAAUUUGAAAUGUGUAUGCAAUGUAUUAUAUAUGCUUCUAGUAAUUACUUAUGUAUUA